AUGAAUGUGUCUUAUUCGUUAUCUAAUGUGGUUGGAUACUCCAAUCAUCUACCUACACUUGAUGUGAGUCUACCAUUGAAGUACCCAGAAACAUCAACUUUGAGAGACAACCCUAAUGAUCAAUUUCAUCUAAAACUUGCUGCAACUGGUCAAUUACUCAAAUUUCACUCAACUUCACUUAUCCCGCUUGUAUCAUGCUCAAUAUUGAAUGAUUUAACAACUAUUGUACUCACCCCAAUUGAGCGUAAAGUGAACAGUUUAGGUUUAAAGUUCCAAAAUAUUCGGAUUCACUUGCCCCAUAAGAUCUCAUCAACUAGUUGCUUUGAUAUCUACCACGACAGUGAAAACAUCUACAUCAACAUUAUUGAUUCCAAUUACUUGCUUAUAUCAUUGAAAUUACCUACAGAAACAUUUGUUUCCAGCAAAACAUUAUCGCUAUUUGAUUUUGAAGAAUGGGGUCAUAUUUCCGUUCCUUAUUCAUUUGAAAUGAGAUCAAAUCCUUAUCUCGUAAAGUCAAUUGAUGAACUAAACGUGUUAGUGUCAUUGAAAGACGGGGGAUUGCUUCAUUUUCAAAAACAACAUGCAUUGUCGGCUGUUGAGAUUUAUACUUUUAGUGAACCAAUUUCAUUUCUUGGUGGGUUAUUUGGCGGUAAAAAAAGGGAUAUUGAAUUAGGUGGAGUUUCAUCAAAUUCCAUAGUGGAUUUGAUCAACUCGGAUGAUUAUUUAAUCACCCUUACUACGAGCAGACAAUUGAAGUUAUGGAGUUUGGCUAAACAUCAAUAUGUUUCAUCAACAUCCUUAAACGACAGACUGGAUGAGGAUAUUUGGUUGACUACUGUACCCUCAAAAUACCUCCAAAUCUUUGAUGUCGAUGGAGAGGCUUACAUCACGCUAUUCAAUCCAACAACUGGUGGUUCCAAAAAGAGUCGAUUCACAUUCCAAACUUGGCAAUUUAAAGAACAGUCCUUAAUUAAAGUGUCGAAGUUUGAAUUUCAACCUGAAUUGCCAAACUUUUUGUUAUCAUCAUCGGAUAUAUUCUACCAUGAAUCAACUUUCCAAAACACUAUAUGGUUUAUUCAAGAUUUUGCAACUGAAUACGCUGAUGGUAAUUUAUUCAAUCAUGUAUUAUGGAAAUCCAACACAUCAUCUAUUCUUGUUACUUAUACAAUAAAUUUCGAUAAUGGAGCAAUAACAUCAAUCAAAUCGUCGCUGCCACCACUUCACAAUGAGGAAGAGGAAAUUUCUGUUCAUUUUGACUCAGAAUACUAUUGUCGAGAGAUUUUUGAUUCAGGAAGAUUUGAUGAUUUGAUUGUUUCAACUUCGCUAUCUAUUUUACGUCAACAUUACAAAUCGCAACAUGAGGACUUUGAUGGUGAUUUGCGCACAUCAGCAAAAAAAUUGGUAGAGUUCAACUCUACUACUGAGUCCUCCAAACAUGUUUGGUUUAAACUUUAUUCGCUAUGUGAGGAGUUUAGAAAGGAUAGUCAUGAAGCAUUAGCUUUGAUUUCGUUUGACAAACAUUUGAUUGCAGUUCAUGCCAAUGGGUACGGAUUAUUCAGACCAUCACACUAUUUUGAAUCGUUAAUUAGCAAAAAUCUUCAAAGCCCCGAGGGUAAAUUAACACAAUUGUUUAACCGAUUCCGCACUACGUUAUCUGCAAAAGCUUACCACAGGUUAAGCGAGUCAAUUAUAUCUCGUCAAAGUCAAUUUGAUGCUACUACAGUUGAUGUAUUUUUCCAAACUCAUCUUAGUGAGAAAUUACCCCAACAAGAGAUUCAAACAACCAUGUCCGAAUUAGAGGAUAUUCCCAAUGUAUUACAAAUCAUUCAAUCUUUGGUCACCGAUGCCGAUUAUCAAUUGAUUGAAAUUGUUGAUCAAGUGGGUGAGUUGGGUGAAUUUUUCAAGUUGUCAACAUAUGUCACUUUUAAAAAUAUAAUGCACCAACAUAGUAUAUUAUUGAUAGAUUUAUUGAUUUUACUUUUGGUUUGUGAAGUCAAUGAGGAAAUAUUGAGUUUGCUAAAUCAAGCCAUGCGUGAAUUGCAACAAUAUCACUUUAGUAAAAUUAUAUUUGAGACUUGCUUUGUAUCAGCUGCCAAUAAAUCUUCACUUGAGUCUCACGGAUUGGGUAAUGUUGAUUAUUCAUUAUUUUGGUCAGCUAUAGUGAACAAAGACUCUACUUUGAAGCAACUUGUUGACAAUUUACGAAUCAAUGACGCAUACGAUUACUUUCAUAAUGACGUGUUGACAAAGAAAGGUUUCAUUCUUAAUUCUGUCGUUGAGUUGAUUAAUCACCAACAAGGUCCCUAUUUGAAGAAAUUCUUUUUGGACAAAUUGGAUCAAAAUGACGUUGAUGAGUUAUUUCUUAUUGGUAUUAUCCAUUUGAUGAACAAUGAUGCCAAUUCAUUUCAUGAUGCAUUUUCCCAAUUUGACAAAUUUGAAAACCUAGAUGUCGCCAAAUUGAAAUCAUUGAAACAGGAUGAAAAUUUACGUCAUUUCUUAAGUUGUUUCUAUACUUUGCCUACUCAAGGUGAAUAUUAUCAUGGAUUAUCUGAAUUGAUUAUAUCACAAGUCAAAGUCAGAAAAACAACAGGUGUAACAAGAAGACAAAUGAUGGAAGUGGCUUUGAAGUUUGAUAAAUUGGCAAUUGAAAGCACAAAGGAUGAACCAUCGAAGGCUGAAUCAUUAUACUUGAGUGUGUUUGAUUUAGCAUUAUCCAUAUCUGAUUAUGAUUCAGUUGGUCUCGCGUUGCAGAAUUUGACUUCCACCACACAGGUCAAGACUUUGCUUACUCGAUUUAUUGAAAAAUUGAUAUCUGAACUGAAGAUUGAGUUGAUCUUCCCACCUAAUGAAAGCAAAGUGUACCGUUCCCAUUUCAAACUAAUCGACUCCAUCUUACUUAAGCUAGCUCAAUCAACACCAUUGUUAUCAUCCCUAAAAAUGUAUCAAAUCUUAUCCUCAUGGAGAUUAUUUGGAUGUUGUACUACAAGAUCCCAGCUAGGCGAUCAACGAGGUUCGUGCGAGGCAUUGUAUCAAUUUAUCCAACGAUAUAAAAAUGAAAUCACGACAAUUGACAAGGCAAGCAAAUUUCAAGUAUUGCAAAUGUAUUUACUUAUAUUGAAUAAUUUGAAAUCAUUCGAUGAUGUUGAUGAUCAAUGGUUUUUCAAUAGUGCCCUGGAUGCAGAGUCAUCCUCAUCUUCGCUGAUUAUCACCGCAAACAGAAUCCAAAUUGAGUAUUUGGAAUGGAUGAAGAAUUUAGAAACUGAUUUAUCCACAUUAGAAUAA